ACAUCCUCCCUCGCCUUUCCUUCCUUCUAUUUCUCCUGCUUCAUCUCCCCCUCCUCCAUCUCCUUUUUAGCUCCUCCACUUUAUCCUACUGCUUUUCUUCACCUCCCACCCUCUCCUCCUGUUGUUUCUUCUCUGCCUUCACCUCAUACUCCCACUGUCCCUUCUCUGCCAUCCCUUCUUCCUGCUACUCCACCUGCUGCUCCUGCUUCUGCUCCUCAUACUCCCACUGUCCCUUCUCCGCCACCAUCCCUUCUUCCUGCUACUCCACCUGCUGCUCCUGCUCCUGCUCCUCAUACUCCCACUGUCCCUUCUCCGCCACCAUCCCUUCUUCCUGCUACUCCACCUGCUGCUCCUGCUCCUGCUCCUCAUACUCCCACUGUCCCUUCUCUGCCAUCCCUUCUUCCUGCUACUCCACCUGCUGCUCCUGCUUCUGCUCCGGUCUCCGACCCAAAUAAGAGAAAGCGUGGGCACCAGCAGGAGGACCGUCCCUAUGUGAAGAAGCCACCAAAUGCCUUCAUGAUCUUCCUGCGGGACCAGAGGCCCAAGGUGGUGGCUGAGCUGAAGCUGGCAGACAGCGCUGCUGUCAACGUCGUCGUGGGCCAGAGGUGGAGGGAACUGUCUCCUGAGCAGAGGAACAUCUACAUGGACCAGGCUCACAAAGAACAGAGGCUCCACGAGCAGCAGCACCCAGGCUGGGUCCCCAACUACAACCGCAAGGCAAAACGCGUUAAGAAGGAGCCGACCGCCAGCUCUGCAGGUAAGAAACAUUUCUGUAGAUCAUUAGAUGUGAUGAUGUCACCACAGCUUGAUUGUUGAAUGAAUUUAGAUGAACUUUACAUGUGUGAUUAUAUGCUUCAUGUGAAUGUUUGUGUUGGCAUUCAGGCCGGAAAAACACACACACACACACACGCACGCAUACGCACACGCACACACACGCAUGUGCACACGCACAUGUGCGCACACACACACACAUAGAUAAACACUAGGGCUUUGUGGGACAGGGUUUAGGACUAGGGUGGGAGUGAGACGGGUGAGGUUGUGAACCAGCAGCCUCGCCCUUCAACCACCUGCUCUGGCCCUUGACCGGUCCUCUUAUUUUUUGCACCACAGACACGUCACGUUUUGUUUUUUUGUUUUUCUGGAGGGUGGGG